UCCAGGUAACCGAAUGCAGGCUCUCUACAUUAGUACAUUACGCAUUACUGCAUUAGACAUUCAUAUUCAUAUUGUCUUGUCUAGUUGUCUGCCUUCAGACAAUUUAUUACAAUUUGCGAAUCACAAUUCUUAGUAKUGAYUAGUGAGCAUAAACGCAUAGUACGYCAUACAACUUAACUGCUCUAUACUCAACAGAAAUCGAGUAAUCUAUAUACGUUAGUCAACUUACUACAGAACUGCUGCAAAUUGUGCGUUUAAAAACUAUGGCAGAUCUAUAUUCCGGUGCACCAAAACAGCAACAGAAACCAUCUCCAGAUUCGCUGUUCUAUCAGUUUUCGCCUGAAGAAACAAGAGUCAUGAACGAAUGCAACAAAGAAAGUUUUUUCCAGAGGAGCCUACCGUUGUCGCUGAUCACAGGUGCUGUUUCUUAUGCYGCUGUCAAUGCUGGUUAUUUAAAGCGAAGUGUGAAAUGGGGUCCAUGGCCAAAAGUAAUGUUUGGCGGUCUGGUCGGUUAUCUUAUUGGUAAAUAUUCUUAUCAAACAAUAUGUGCUGAAAAAUUAAUGCAACURCCUAAUAGUGAACUUGGACGAGUUCUUAGGGAACGCAGAGGAAAAGCAAAUGGUGAACUUUUCCAAGGAAUUGCCAUUAGUCCAACUAUUGUUACAUCUGAGACUGAUAUGCCAACAAUUAUGACUGAUUACAAAUCUGAUAUGAAUAUUGAUAUGCAUAAACCUAUGAGUUCCUUAGAUACAGAUUAUAGACCGAAUUAUGAUGGUUUACCACUUAGGAAGGAUAAUGAAAUUUCAAUGGCAAAUAGUACACCUACGUCCUAUGAUGAACUUAGGAUGCGUAAUAGACAAGAGUAUGAUAGAACACAACCAAAUAAAAUGGCAUAUAGGCCACCACCUCCAUCAAAUACUCAACCGAUAUGGGAUAAUCAACCUUAUCCACCAUCUGAUCAAACGAGGAUACCUCAACAUAGGGAAUCACGCAAUCAGUAUGGAGAUGUUGUAUAAUUAAAGAUAAAAUCAUUACUCACUUAUUAAAUGUAAUAUAAUAUUAGUUUUGUUUGUUAUAACCUAA